CAGAGAACAGUUUCCUUAACAAACAAGUAGUAGUUGUAUAAAUAUCGUUACAAAAUGCAAACAAACCCUAAGGAUCCCGUCAAGAAAACUGGCAUAUCAUGCCACAGUUCUGGCUUAAGUUACAUCCAUAACCCAGGCGUGAAUCCUCUCAGGUACGUAACCAUAGGUCGUAUGAUUGAAGAUGCCGCGUCCAAAUAUGGCAAAACCGUAGCGCUGGUGUCAAUGUCCGAUAAUAUCAGAAUAACGUACGAAGAACUUCUUCGUGACAUUGAUCAACUGGCCGCAGGUUUGCUGAGUUUGGGUUUAGUGAAAGGUGAUCGGAUUGGGUUAUGGGCGCCCAAUUUUAUCGAGUGGGUCGUUACGUUUUUUGCCACAGCUCGUGCUGGUUUUAUAACGGUCUGUUUGAAUCCCAGCUGCGAGGCCCCCGAGUUGAAGUACUUUAUAAACAAGUGCGGAAUUAAAGCUCUAGUAUGCCCCGAUAAGUUCAAAACUCUGGAUUUUUACGGAAAGUUGUGCAAGUUAAUUCCCGACUUAGGCGGUACCGUUCAGAAUGAGGAGGUCCCAACAUUGAAGCUCGUCAUUAUGAUCUCCCAACAGAAACUAAGGGGCACCUACAACUACAACGAGGUUUUAGACAUGGCCGAUGCGGCAGGUAUGCAAAGAGUGAAAGAAGAGCAGUGGAAGAUUUCACCUGAUGACAUAUGCAACAUUCAGUUCUCAUCGGGAACUACUGGCCUACCCAAAGGCGCCUGUCUGACGCACUUUCAGGUGGUAAAUAAUUCCUAUCAAAUUGGACAACUACUGAAAUUUGAAACAGUCCAGCAUAAGGUGUGCGUACAAGUUCCACUGUUUCACGUUUUUGGGGUGGUCGCCCACUUAGGGCUCUGUCCACAGUUUGGAACGACGAUGGUUUUUCCAACGCCAAUUUACAACUCAACUGCGAAUUUAACCGCCCUUGAGCAAGAAAGAUGCUCGGCAGUGUUUGGAACACCAACCAUGUUUGUCGAUCUAGUUAAUCUACAAAGGAAAUUAAAUAAAAAGAUAUACGCUACUAUUGCAGGCAUGGGAGGUGCACCCUGUCCCCCAAGCGUUAUAAACUCCAUUAAAGAUGGUCUCCAAAUCAAGCACGUGAUUAUUGGAUACGGUGCGACUGAGAUAACUGGCAUUGCAUUCCACACUUCUAUAGACGACAAUGAAUAUCAGGGAACGGAAACCGUUGGACGCAUUGCGAACUAUAUAGAGGCGAAGGUUGUGGAUAGUAAAGGCGAUGUGGUACCUUGUGGUACGCCAGGAGAACUGUGCGUGCGUGGAUAUUUAGUAAUGGAGGGGUACUGGAAUGAUCCAGAAAAAACGAAGGAAGUGAUCUGUGAUGCAAAUUGGUACCGAACCGGUGAUCAGUUUAUUUUCGAUAAAGAUGGAUAUGCUCGUGUCGUUGGUAGAGUGAAAGAUAUGAUCAUACGAGGCGGUGAAAAUAUCUUCCCAAAAGAAAUUGAAAACUGUCUAAGCGAGCACCCUGACAUUUUGGAAGUUUCUGUGAUUGGCGUAGACAGUGAACGCCUUGGCGAGGAGGUGUGCGCGUGUGUGCAGUUGAAGCCUGGUUCAGAAAUGUCUUUGGAUUCGUUAAAAGAAUUUUGUAAAGGGAAAAUUGCCAGUUACAAAAUACCAAGUCAUUUGGAAAUAGUGGAGGCGUUUCCGAAGACUUCUAUAGGAAAAGUUAAAAAAUUUGUACUUCGGGAGCAAAUUAAAAAAAAUACAAAAUAAUGUGGAUAGCAAAAAAACCAA